CCAAUAACUUUGAAACUUGAUGGCGUAAACGUUUGAUAUUUCAAAUAUUUUUAUCUAUAUUUCGUGAUCGAAUCUAAGGUCUGCUAUAUUGGGAUUAGAAAAUCCGUUAUUGUGGCAAAAACUAAAUUCCUUUGCGGAUUUUCUAUUUUCAUUGAAGGAUUUCGACUCACAUUUUUAGCACGAAACAAUUAGCCCCUACCGGGCCAGCGUUUUGGCGUUUAUUUUAUACAAACAUAUCAACGCAUAACACCGGCCAAUGUACCCAGGAAACAAAUUUAUAGAUGAUAAAAGCAGAGCCUUUUGUUUUAUUUUCUUCCGAUCAAACUCUGCAAAUGCAUCUGCAGUAGAGAUGGUUACAAUUUCUACAAGUCAAGCAGAUUUUUAGUAUUUAGAGGUCAGUGAAAAUUCCCCCCUCCCUUUAUCUUUUCCCCCCCCCCCCCUUCAUCUUCUCAUCUCUGUUCAUUUGCCUCUCUAACUAUCAAUCUAUCUGUAUAUAUUGUCUAUCUAAUCAGUUUUGCUCUUUUUACAGAUAUUCCAAGUGUACCAAACCCUGACUUUAAACCAUGGUUGCCGCUGACCGAGUGAAAACCAACCAAUGAGAGGGCAGGGAUCCUGCCGCCAACCAAUGAGGAUCAAGAAUUGGGAGAGAGAUGUUAGUCAGCAGAGAGGUGUCAGCACACAGUUGUGUAGAUGGGUUUCUGCUGAGCAGAGCUAGCAUGGAGAAUACAGAUCAUCAGCAGACUCCGGGAUAUGAGCACUACAUAGAGAGGGAUUCAACACCCUUUAAUGCCUUAGAGGACGAGGAGGAGAGAGUCAGAUAUUUUGCAAACGGUCCUCUGCUGGGUCGGGUCAAUGCUGUUGUAGGACACAACAACCACUUAGUUCAAUACAACGAUCUAGACUAUGAUGAUUCUCAAACACGGGAUUGUAAACGUGGGAUUUCAAUACUUCCUGAUUAUGAUCCAUAUAAUGGAAUUGGAGCUCCCUUUUCUCCUACCGAGCACUCCUUCAUGGCGACUACCAUGGUCACCUACCAACAUAUCGAGGCACAGGGUCGACCCCGCGGCCUGCCCUGGUCAGGCGGACAAAAUCAUCCGAAGUGGGAUGAGAGAGAGGAAAUUGAGAGCCGAGGAAAACCUAUCAAGGAGCAAACAAGUCCUAGUACUAUCAUACCAGACACUGCCCUAGCACACCUUAGUGUCAAGGAGCUCAACAAACGGGUAUGGCAGGUACAGAACCUUGGAAGAGAGGAGGUGAUUGCUCUCAAACAACGGAGAAGGACGCUUAAAAACAGAGGAUAUGCCGUCCAGUGCAGGUUAAGAAGGCAGCAGCAUAAAGAUAAUCUGGAAAUGCAGGUGCAAAGUCUGUCUGAAAGACUGAAUGAGGCAGAGCGUGAAAUGAAUUAUUAUAAAAAUUGGUAUGAGAAAAAUUUUUUUAAGUGUCGUUGCCGACUGCAUACUAACCCUCUGCCAUUGAACCUAGAGAUGAUCAAUAAUAAUCAUGAGUUUGAUUAUAAAAGACAAGAUUUAAAACAAGGACAGGACGAGUUCCGGCGGGGAUACGACAACGGUGGCGGGAUUCCGUCNAUUUAA